UUAGUUGUCAUGGCGAUGGAGUCAGCCUCGGCGUCCGUUGUUGCAGCAGUUGUUGCCAUGGAGAUGCCGGUGGUGCGAGGUGCGCUCCCGGUGGUAGAAGAGGACGAGGGUUACCGCGCGCCUCCCGGGUCCGAGGAGCGACUCCGGUAUCGGCGUGGAGGAAGAGGUAGACGCAGACGCGGGGUCCCGUUCAACCGGAACGGACACUACAUGCUGAUAGUGGUCGGGGAGAUCGGCACCGAGCAGCAGCUGGACGCCGUCAGAACGCACAUAGAGCGGGGAAUCCGAUCCUGGGACGUGGACCUGAAGAGCUGCGACCUUGAUCAGCAGCUGCAGCUCUUUAUAACCCGUCACUCCGCCCACUUCUCCUCAGAGGUCAGAGGACAAAGGACUCUCCACCACAGAAGUGAUGUCUUAGAGACCGUAGUGCUGGUCAACCCUUCAGAAGAUUCUGUCGUAUCAGAGAUCGAGUCUCUGGUCACUGACUCUGCAGCACAGAAGCUUCUGGUCCUGAGUGGACAGAGCUCGGAUCACGGUGGCCUUCUUCUUCAAAGCGGCGUUUUCAACCACCAGACCCUCUCACGAGUCUUCUCUGAUCCUGGGGUCAGUGAGUUGCUGGGCUCAGCAGCCCCGAAGCAGCAGGCUACUCUCACUGUGUCCUGCCGCGGGGAGGUGGGCUGGAGCUCCCUGGGACAACAUCAGACCCUGAGGGAGUUUCUGGAAUACAAACUAAACCCUGAGUCUGUUCUUCCCAAGAUGGAGGGCGUCACCGAGUUCACCGAGUAUGUCUCUCAGACGGUGGACGUCCCCUCACCUUUCGAGCUCCUGGAGCCUCCCACGUCCGGAGGCUUCCUGAAACUCUCCAAACCGUGUUGCUACAUCUUUCCCGGUGGGCGAGGAGACUCAGCUCUCUUUGCCGUGAAUGGCUUCAACAUCUUAGUGGAUGGAGGCUCUGAACGAAAGUCGUGCUUCUGGAAGCUGGUCCGUCACUUGGACCGCAUUGACUCGGUUCUGCUCACACACAUCGGAGCCGACAAUCUCCCAGGUAUCAAUGGGCUGCUUCAGAGGAAGAUAGCAGAACAAGAGGAGGAGCAUUCUCAAGGCUCCGUCAACUACAACGACUGGAUGAAGAACCUGAUCUCUCCUGAACUGGGUGUGGUUUUCUUCAACGUGCCCGAGAAGCUCCGUAUGCCAGAAUCUAAUCUUAAAGUGAAGCGCAGCAUCGAAGAAGCCUCCCUGACUUUGCAGUACCUGAGUAAACUAGGAAUCAAACCGGAGCCUCUCUUCCGAGUGUCCAGCAACACCAUAGAGCCCAUUACUCUGUUCCACAAGAUGGGAGUGGGCAAGUUGGACAUGUAUGUUCUCAACCCUGUCAAAGAUAGUAAAGAGAUGCAGUUUUUAAUGCAGAAGUGGGCUGGAAACAGCAAGGCCAAAACUGGUAUUAUUCUGCCCAACGGGAAAGAAGGAGAAAUAUCUGUGCCCUACCUGACAUCAGUUACAGCCUUGGUUGUCUGGCUGCCUGCCAACCCUGCAGAAAAGAUCAUCAGAGUGCUGUUCCCUGGGAACGCACCGCAGAACAAGAUUCUGGAAGGCCUAGAAAAAUUGAAGCACCUUGACUUCUUGCGCUAUCCUGUCGCCACACAAAAGGACAUUGCCUCCGGAGCUCCUGCCUCUGUUAUCAAACAAACCAAAUUAAAACAAAGAACAGACAGCAAAGAGAGUCUCAAGUCGUCCCCGAAGACUACUGCAAAAGCCUCAAAGAAAGAAACCGAGGGGCAAGACGAUGUCUCAGCCGCCACCGAGGCAAAGAGUGACUCUGUCAAGGAAAACAUAGAAGAAGAGAAAAAGCCUACUAAAAUAAUCAAAUCCAAAAGUGAUGUCCCGGAAAAGAAAAAGCUCCUGAAAGAAAAAUCGAUAAAAAAGCACCCGAAGGAAAGGGUGUCGAAGAUGGAUGAGAAAAAGGACAAGGAAAAGAAAGAGAUCAAGAAAGUAAAGAGAGAUGACUCGAAAGAUAUGAAGUCCAAAGACGACAAGAAGAAGGACUCGUCCAAACCAGAGCUGCGGAAAAUGACUAAACCUGAGCUGAAAACGUUCACACCGGAGGUCAGGAAGACGUUACACAAAGCUAAAACGACAAGCAAAGCGAAGAGUGGAAAAAGCAAGGCAGCAAAGGCGUUACCUGCUGAGCCGAAGCCAGAAGAGCCUGAGACGAUCCAACCUGAACCGACAGAGAACGGAGCUGCUGAGCUCCCGUCCGUCACCUCGAGCCCUGAAGACCUCACCAAGGACUUUGACGAUCUGAAAAGGUCCGUUGCGACCGAAUCUGCCGAGCCGAAGUCUCCAGAAAAGGAUGAUUCGGCUCCAGAAGCUAAAGCAGAAGACAAAGACAAAGAGUUGAGAGAAAUGGAAGACGCUCAAAAGUUUGAGGACGAAGGAGCAGCCUCUCAGGAUGAAGAAGAGGAGGAGGAAGACGAGUCCCCAGUUGCUAAAAAGACAACGAACGAGGAGGAAGAAGAAGAUAUGGGAAUUGGUGAAGAGGAAGACGAAGCAAAAUGGAAGGAGGCAAAGGACGACGGGCUUGACAGGAAACACGAGUUAGAAGAAAUGGAGAAAACAGGAAAUCUGGCAGCUCAGGUUGCGACAAAAUAUAUUCCCUUCGAAGAGGAAGACGAGGAAGAGGAAGAGGUGCUGGAGAAAGCCGAACUGGAGGAGGUAGAAGAUUUAGAUGUUAUAGCAGAUGAAGAGAUCAAACCUGAAGAUGAAGCUGAAGAAGAGGAAGAGGAGGAGGGCUACCUGUCGCAUGUCGGAGGGGCCACAGCUCCCAUCACUUCCGUACUUCAAGGAGCCACUGCAGCUGAACCCGUCUCCUACAUCCAGGACGAGACCAUCCCCGGAUACUCCGAGACAGAACAGACCAUCUCUGAUGAGGAGAUUCAUGAGGAGGCCGAGGAGAGGAUACCACACCUCCAAUACGAUGUCGGUACUUACGACAUCUCUGUUCCAGAUCAAACUGGAUCCUUUGUGAACAUUCACGGCAUGAGGGAGAUUCAAGCUGCAGCUCUGACGGAGAAGACGUUCCUCCCAGGCGUGCAGGAGCAGCUAUCGGUGUUCACCAGCAUCAUCACGGCUCCUCUGGCCGAAGAGGAGCACGUGUCUUCUGCGACGUCCAUCACCGAGUAUGACAAAGUGUGCUCCUUUCCGACUUCUAUCGCCGAGGAUCAUUCUGGGGGUUCUGCCGCAACUCCUCGAGCCGAGGAACCGCCUAAAAGCCCCCUCGCCUCCCCACCUGAUGCCAGCCAAGGCAAAGAGCAGCCACUCUCUGCAGGAACUAUUUCCCCACCUUCUCUAGAAGAAGACAAACUAAUCAAGUCUCCAUCUGAUGAGUUGCAUCUUCCGGUUGCAGAAGUCAAGACAUCGACUAAAGCUCCUGAAGCUCACUCUGAAGAGGAGGAGGAGGAGGAGGAAGAGGAUGAAGACCAAACUCCUAAUGUUGACAUUUCACUUGAGAAACUCCAAGAGGGGUAUGCUUCAUCCCAAUUCCCACAAGGUAAAGAGACUGAUAACACGCAGCUUGCUGGCUCCGUUUCUAUCAAGGGAACCAAACCAAUCCACCUCCCGAUUGAAGAAGAGAACUUGGAUGCUGUUGCGCCUAAAGAUCAUUCAUCCGUUGUGCCUACUAGACCUUUUGGGUCAGACUCAGUGACUUCAGAGAGCGAAGAGCGCUGCUUCAGUCCAGAUGAUAUCACUGUGAAAAUGGCAUCUCCUCCUCAUUCUGGACCUCAGAGUGCAGCUCACUCUCCUCUUCGUCAGUCCCCAGUGGAGGACAAGACGAAGGCGAGCCCUGAUUUGGAGCGGCAGAAGCAAGAGGAGGUCCUCCAUGUCGCCACAACAACUGAAACUACAAAGAAGGAUGAAGCAGAGACACAAAAGGACACACAGAAAGCAGAUCAACUUGAAGGGGACGUUCCCACAUAUUUGGAGAAACACAUAAAGGAGGUUCCAGUGAUGAAGGAGUCAGAGAAGGACUCUUCAUCAGUGCAAAAAGACGAAGGCAAAGACACAGAAACAAUCCCUGCUGUUGCGUCUUCAACAGAUGUUCAGUCCCCCGUGUUAGGAAGGGGUUCCCUCAUCUCCUCUGGACACAUCGAUGAAGAGGUUGACUCUACGCUCAGAGAGAAAGUGCCAAGUACCUUUCCAGAGAGGGAGAGCACUUUCCUCGAUGAUGAUGAUGAUGAUGAUGAUGAUGAUAACAACAAUGAUAAUGACGACCAUCAUGAUGAUAAAUCUGCAGUUAAGGUGGAACAGGAAAAAGAAAUGGACGACACUUCUGAUAUCUUACAAUUGAAGGAUGAGCAAAAACAGAAAUCUGUCACCCAGGAAGAUGUUUCUGCCGUCAUGUUCUUCACAGAUGAGAAAGAGGAAGUCAAGGGGAUCGCCUCGGAUAUUAAACCCAUGAAGGAAGAGCAAAUUGCAAAGGACGUUUCCGCAGUGGAUGGCGCUAUUAAAGAUGAACAGAAAGAGCCUGGAAAAGAUCAAACUGACAUCAAAACUACUAAAGAAGCAGAGAUGGAAACCGCUGCGUCUCAGGUCACACAAAUCAAAGGCGAGCAGAAAGAUGAUGACCUCAAAACCAAAGCCGGUGCUAUGGAAACUGAGGUUAAAAAGGACGAUGUGUCUAAGAGUGAGGUUCUGAUAGAGGAGGAGAAGAAAGAGACGGACAAGCGUGAUAUUUGUGACAUUAGGACUGUAAAGGCCGAAGCGAAAGAGAUUGAAAUGGUCAAAACCACAGAUAUCAAGCCUGUUAAAGACGAGAUGGAAAAAGAGUUAAAGAAGGACGCCAUGCCCAUCACUGAGCAUGCUAAAGAUGAGGAAAAGGAGACGGAAACAUCUGAUAUUAAAGUGAUUGAGGAUAAGAAAGAGAUGGGGAAGAUAGAAAUAUCUGCUACUAAGCCUUUUACUGGGGAGGAGAAAGAGAAAGGGAUGGGUGACAUUACUGGGGCUAAACUCACCAAAGAAGAAGAACUGAUUAGUAAGACUGAUACGUCUGCUGUUAUCAUGAAAGAAGAACAUGAGCAAGACAUUUGUAAAGAUGCCAUCUGGCCCACCAGCCCCACCACAGUGCAGGAAAGGGAUGCAGCUCUGAGGAAAGAGGACAUGUCUUCGCCCAAGCCAACUGCAGAACAAGAGAGAGAGAUGAGUAAAGAUGAUAUCUAUGAAACACAGGAGCACGAAGAAGAUAUGACAACAAGCAAGGAUGAUGCUAGCACCUUCAAACCUACUGUAGAAGAAGAGAAGAAGGAAGACGGGAGUAAAGAUGCUACUGCUGCGACUAAACUUACCAAGACAGAAGCUGGAGAGAAACUGACCAGUAGGGAAGAUAGUUCCUCAAACGAGACACUUAAGGAUGAAGUCAAACCAGUCAUGGACGACAAAAAGGGCCAAGAAACAAACAAAGACGACACUUCCAAGAUGGAUGAACAGGAUGUCAUGAUGAGCAAAGACAUCGUCAAAACAUCAACGGAAGAAUUUGUUGCUAAACCCACCACACAAGAUGAUAAGGAGAAAGAAAUCAGUAAAGAUAUCUGUGCUGUCAGAUCAAGUAUGGAAGUGGACACCGAGAAAGCAGUAGACAAGGAGGAACCUACAGUAACAAUUAAGGAUGACAUUUCUGGUACGAAGGGUGAAGAAAGCAAAGAUGGUUUGAAAAGCCCUGCGGAUGAGGGCAAGGCUGAGGUAAAAGAUGUAAAAGUCCUCAAGGAAGAGGCAAAAGAUGUACCCAAGGAUGACAUUUGCGAACAAGACAUGAAAGAAAAGAGUUCUGAGCUUGCACCUAAGGAGCAGAACAUUGGUACUUCAGCCAAAAGUGGAGACGUAAAGGAUAAGGACACUGAACAAGAUGACAAAGAGAAAGCAACAGAUGCCAGUGUUGCACAACCCAAGGACGUGGUAAUCAAACAGGAGACCGAGAAGUCUCCAUUAUGUAGUGCCAAGGAUGAGAAAGAACAAAAGAAGGAUUAUUCUUUUGAGUCUGAAUGUAAGAAGGAUGAGAAAAAAGAGGUAGACCUUCCCGUGUCUUGGAUCUUGGAAGGGGACACAACCAAAAAGGAUGAUAUCAGUGACGUGAGUGAUAAGCCACAAGACAUCUCUGAGAAGUCUGGUGAAACUCAGAAAGAGAAGGGAACGUUCGGAGCUACGUCAAUGCAGCAAGACACUUCUAUAACUGCAUCAAGUAAAGACCUGUCUCCAAGCCAGAGUCAGGAAGAGAGAGACCAAGAUACAAAGGUUGUUACCGGUCACGAAGAGAAGACAGAGAAAGAAAAGGACGACACACAUGUUGCUGAACUGAGCAAAGAACAGAAAAUGGAAAAGGAACAGGAAAAGGAAUACACAUAUGAGACUGAUGACACCAAAGAGGUAAAGACAGAACAAGAAGAGGAUGAAAAGAUGAGUGAAGAAAAGGAUUUAGGUGACAGGAAGACGGAUGAGAUCACUGAGAAAGACUCUGAUGCCGACCACACUAAGGAGGAUAAGUGGGAGAAAGAGGAGUUACAAGAGAAAUAUCUGGAGAAAACCAUUGAACAACCUGCACAGACAACAUUAGGAGAAGCAGCCAAGUCAGAUUGCAAACCUGCAUUUGUGGUUCAGUCCUCCGAUGAAGACAGCGAAGAUGUAGACGAAGAGGACAUGUGUAUGGGAGGAGCCGGCUCAAGACCUCUGUCGGUAGAUCUGAAGAAAUCAGAACAUGACAUCCCCUCGGUAGGUCUUCCCUCGCCCCAAAAACCACACACAAGUGACCCAACUAAGCCACCGAUAUCCGUCACAGUGAUCAUACCAACUCUUACAAUGCAGGAGCCCUCUCUUGAUGAGUUUGAAAAAGAAGAAUACAGUUUUUCCCCUGAAGCUGGGAAAGACGUUGUGAAAACAGAAACCACGGUUGCACCAUUUGCAGAGCCUUCCUUUGAUACUGUGACAUCAAAGGAGGACACAACCACUGUUCCCAAGCAAGACACAGCUCCUGAUGCCCCCGCGUCUAAAGCAGAACCAUUGUCAGAUGAGAAAAAGCCUGCGUUGUCGACGGUAUCGAGCGCCGACAGUCAACCGCGGAGCUCAACGCUCUCCAGCGCAGAGAGCCAGUCCAGUGUGGAGGAAACACCUCGAAAAGAGAAACAAACACCAUCCCUGUUUAGUUCAGAAGGCAGCGCCGCAGAGAAGACAGCACUAGAUGAGAAAGCAGGAAAGGAAGCAGAGAGGGAGAUGGAAGGAGAGCGAGAGGUGGCUUCUCCAGGAUUAGCACCGCCUUGUUCCUACUUCACGUUGGACUCUGAAGACAAGAGCCCCUCUGAUGCUGCAACACUGACUCCAGAGACUGUCAGUGGUAGCCUCGGAGAAGAAAAGCAAACCUUUGGUGCGUCCAAAUAUGAUCCGUAUGAAAAGCCCAUUCCAAAGGAUCAUGACUUGGACUCUAGGGAAGAAAGUGAGGUUUCUUUAGGUUUCGAACACCCCUCUGAUAUUGGUAUUGAUGAUAACAGAAGAACAAGCCAGACAGAGGCUGGAGGAGCCUUGUUCCUCCUGGACGAUCAGUACAAAGAAGAUUCUCUGUCCUUCAGUAGAGUCGAUUACAGCCCGGUGUCUCUGACGGAAAGUGAAAGAAGCGGCCACCACAGCCCAAGUGCCUCACCUAGAUAUGAAGACAGAGAGAAAGGCCAGGAGGAAGAAAGCCAGAAAGAAGAGAGACCAGAUACACCUUAUGUUGACAGGAGCUUUUCAUCCGUAGACAUGCAGGAUAACAAAAUGUCCCAGGCUGCUGAGUCUUAUUCUUUCACUCCUAAAGAGGACAAACCGGAGAAAUCUGAAAAAGAAAAGGAAGAUAUGAUGGAAGGGGCUUCAGCUGCGGCUUUUCCAUCAGGGGGGACACAAGAAAGUGAUAGCAGUGCAUCUGCUCAAUCACCAAGUGUGCCACUAAGACAGGAGACACCCUCUCCAUCAUGGAGCCAGUCAGAUCUCGGUACUCAAGUUUCAGCAACUCCUGUAGCUUUUGAGGAAUUUACAGAAAAGAAAACAACCGAAAAAGAGAAUGAAAAAUCUGCUGAGUCGCUCAAAGAAAAAUCUGCAUGUGGUCGGCAUUCACCUGCAGAAAAAGACAUUUUACCUCAACAAGCAACACCUUUACAGAAAGAAGAAACCUCAAGGCCUGUAUCUGCCGCCACGUUUUCAGGACAGGAAAUAGAUGAUAAUGUUUUGGCAUCUGACAACAGUCAAAUUAGCAGCUCUGCCUCCUGUAAACCAACUCUAGACUUUCCUGAUGGAAAAGAGAGCUUUAUAGAUAAAAGAUUACUUGUAGAAGGGGAAGAUUUCAAUGUGGAUGAUGAUGAAGACGAAGAUGAUGAGGAGGAGGAGGAUGAAGACGAGGAGUUAAGUGAUGUCGAUGUGGAGAAGGGCGCAAGGGAACAGUCCGAAAAAGAAAUGUGCAGACGAACCUCUGGUGACAGUGCUGUGUUAGCAGAGGUGGAGGACUCAAAUAAAAAGUUGUCUGAAUCAAGCGUCCUUAAAGAGGAAAAAGUCUCUCAACCAACAACUGGUGAAGCCUCAUGUUUAGACCAGCAGGAGGGAAGCAGAAAACCACAAUCGCCUGAAACAAAACCACUCAAAGAAGAUGACGCAGCCACAUCAAAAGUCCCAGAGACAAAGAGUGAAGAUGUUGGUCAAAUGACUUCAUCACCAGACCCUUACAAAAUGGACGAAAUCCAUUUCACUUCAACAGAUCUUCCCAAACUCCCUGAGACUAAGAAAGAGCAUUUGACUCCUGAACCAACCUCAAACAGGAGGUUAUCAUUGGCUCAGGAUACCUCCUAUGAAGCCCUACAGACAACACAGGGAGAUGACGACAAAGCGUCUCUAUCACCAAGCUUUUUGAAAAGGGAUACUGAACCAAUGCCCGCAAGCACCUUAACAUCCAGCUUUUUGCCACCUGACCAUUCAGAGUCUGUACCUUCAUCCAGUCCCUCCCUUCCUUUAAGAGGAAGCUAUGCCGACAUCGGACAGAGUAGACCUGGAGGUUAUUCUGAGCAUGUUCACAGUGAGGGAAGUCAGGUGGGAUUGAAAGAAGAUAAGAAAGAAACCUCAGAGGCCUCCCAGCUAUCCAAGCUAAGCGAUGAUAAACAUUACAGCCAAGAAGACGAGAGGCAGAGCUUAGAGAUCACAGCAAAACACAAGGAAACUGCCUCAUCACCUUGCACAUACACCACCCUAACAUACUCUACUUCAACAUUCUCCUCCACAUCGUACAGUUACUCAUCCUCAGCCUCAAUGUCCGGCCCUUUGAGCCAAGAGUCUGGAGACAAAGCUAAAACCAUAUCAGGCUCUACUGUACCUCUAGCCAAAGAGGAACCAUCGUUCAGGGCUGAGUCUUCCAGCUCUUGCUUUGGAGGGUUUCAGAGAGAUGAGUACAUGGAGGUGACGACUAAACCUACAACUAAAGUGUCUUUACCCAGCCAGUUUGAUGAUACCAAACCAUCAUCAUCAGUCUUCUCUACCACUGCCAAACAGACUAUGGAUCAACGUGGUUCUGCAAAGCCUGAAACGGACACAAAGUCAAGCACUGAUAGUUUUUACAUGCUAGAAACUAGGAUGACUACAUCUUCCGCAGCACCUUCUUUACAAAGUCAAGUCAAGGUGUCCGAGGGUUUGUCCUCAUCAGAGGCUUGCUUUGAUGUCUCUCCCCUCCAAAGGGCUGACUCAUCUGACAAGGUAUACCAAGAAUCAUCAGAAGAAGAGGAGCCUGUAACACUUGAAAUGGAGGACAGCGCCCUACCAUGUCGUAUAUGUCAAACUAUCAAAGUAGCACAGCAGGAGCAGAGCUUUUCAUCCACAACUGACUCACAUGUGGUUGAAAGUACCACUCAGUCCACAGAGACCAAGGCAGUCACCAUCACCUCUGCGUAUAUGUCUAAACCUGAAACAUCGCAACAGACAGCCUCACUUCCUUCACUGAGUGAUAGUGGAGCCAGCAAAACCACAUGUGCCACAACAGAGGUGUCCAAAACAAUGGAGGUAAAAGACGAAAAGACAAAUGCAGCUUUGAAGGAAGGCGCUAAGGUGUCAGGAAGUGAUGAAAAGGCAGAGACUGCUAAAGACAGUGAACGCAUAAUGUGUAAAGACAGCACAGACGAGAAGAAGGCAACAACUGAUACGAAGAUGUGUGAAAGAGCAGGAGAUUGUAAGGAAGACGAGGAGAAAAGCUUGUCAGAAAAGACACCAGAGAGACUAGUGGAAAGGAGAAGGAGCAGUAUAUCUGAUUGGGAGCUACUACAAAGGCCUGAAGACUGCCCAAGUGCCCCUCCUCCGGGUUAUGGGGAUGACGAUGAGGACGAAGAGGAUGAGGAAGCAAUGGAAUGGAGGACCAGUGCCCACGGUACCUCUAUGUCCUCCUCAAAAGAUGCCUAUCACACAGAAGCAUCCAGCAAAGGAGCAGCAAGGGCUGAUCGUCCUUCUGACUUGAACACCGGAGCCACCUCCUCUUCCUCCCAUCCAGGAUACUCGUCCUGCGAAUUCAAACACCGCAAAGGAGACCUUUCUCCAUCGUUCAUGAACCCCAGCCCUCACCCGCUGUCCAGUGACGAGGGCGAGGGCGCGGAGGAAGGACGCAGUGAGCACUCUGAGGAAGGGGACGAGGACGAUCAGGAGCAACACUCUGUAAAAAGGAGGUCACACAAGCAGAAGCCCCACCACACCCAGAGUGCUCACGGUGACUCUGGACAGGCGCCUCACCAGCUGCCCGGCCCCAUGUCUUCUGGUUUGGCAGUGACUCUAGCUGGAGAGGAAACUCCUCCGACAUCAGUGAGCGAGUCGUUGCCUUCGCAGUCGGAUUCUGACGUCCCUCCAGGAACCGAAGAGUGUCCGUCGAUAACGGCUGAAGGGAAUCUGGACUCGGACGAGGACGCUGAACAUCUUCCAGUGGACAAGUUAUCUGCAGCUGGCGGUGGACACCAUCCUUCAUCACCCAGGUCAUCGCAGAAGACUCAUGAUCCGGCUCCAACCGCGAUGAAGGACCCUUAUCCCCACCCUCCGCACCCAGAUGUGUGCAUGGUGGAUCCAGAAGCUCUUCUCAAUGAUAACAGCAGCACUGAGAAACUUCUUAAGAAGGAGCACAAAACCACCAAGGGCCUCAGGAAGAGCAAACCCAAAUCGGCCUCCCCUUCCCGUAAGGGCGAAGUCAGGAAGAGGUCCUCUACUCCAUCGAAGCAGGCCUCCAAGGACUCCUCCUCGCCUCGAUCAGCGUCCCUGAAGAGGAAGGACACGGACAGAAGCUCCAGGCUGAUCAAGAUGUCCGAGACUCAAGGCUCCAGGACUGAGAUCCUCAGCCCAGGGAAAGGCUUGGUCAACGGCGUCAAGACCAGUUCAGGCAACAUCCCCCAGAAAGCUGGCUCUGUUGUUCCCCCUGGACCCCCCAUCUAUGUGGACCUGGCCUAUGUGCCCAACCACUGCAGUGCCAAGAACGUGGACCAGGAGUUCUUCAAGAGGGUGCGAGCGUCGUACUACGUGGUGAGCGGGAACGACCCGGGCAGCGGAGAGCCGAGCCGAGGAGUCCUGGACGCCCUGCUGGAGGGCAAGGCUCAGUGGGGCUCCAAUUUACAGGUGACUCUGAUCCCGACCCACGACUCGGAGGUGACCCGGGAAUGGUACCAGCAGACCCACGAGAAGCAGCAGGACCUGAACAUCAUGGUCCUGGCCUCCAGCAGCACCGUGGUCAUGCAGGACGAGUCCUUCUCUGCCUGCAAGAUUGAGUUCUGAGCUUCACGAGCUUCACUCCCCCCGCUGUAACCUCCCCUCCCAUCUCUCCCCUCCCUCUCAUCUGUUCUCACUCAAAGCAGAGUGACCAGCACUCUCUGCUGCUUCAAAGCUUCAACGCUCUCAAUGCAUUUGCCGCAGCGCUCAAUACACUAGAUUCUGUUCGCUGAAAUCAAAGUCAAAAUUGUGGGUUUAUGCUUUCAUGUGUCAGUUAGGUCUGUAACCGUAAAACACUCCUACACUAGCACUAGGUGAAAACACAUUUUUAAUAACAUAAUGACGCUUUAUUUGACUCGUAUAACAGAUGCAUUGAUACGUGUUUUCAGCCACAGUUACACGACAGAAGUGUAGUUCUUAAACUGUUGGCUUCAUUCCAAAUUAACUCAGAAAUGUAAUCAUCUAACAUUAAAAAAAAGUAAAGCAAAUGUUACCUAAAUGAAUCAGUGAUCAAAAAAGUGUUUGGAUUGUAUCCACAGUGUUUUUCAAAGAGGAGACAUUCCUCGGUUUUAUUUUCAAUGCACAUGAUUUACAAUUCUGAUCAGUAGCUGCUGGAUUUACUCAAUACAUACGACAUAAAUCGAUGUAAUGUAAAAGACAAAAAAACAACACUUCUUGUAGUUUGUGGUGAAGUUUUAGGAGGUGCCUGAGGUUGCCACUGUUUGAGAUUUUACUUCUCGACUUUCUCUCUUAUCUGCUGCAUGGUGCUUGCGUUUUAGCUGAAAAUCGUUCGGAACUGCGUAGGGUUAACCCUUUCUGUAGCCAAGUGAUGGAUGCAGUUUAGAGUAGAUAGGUUACUGUUUGGCUGUGGUUCCAUAGGCCCAAGGACAAUGUCUUCAUCAUGCUCUGUGUGUUGUAUGACCUCCAGUACAAACAUGUGUCUAUAUCAAUACAGAGGUUAUGUUAAAUAAUUAGGAAUAAUGCAGAAAAUGAUGAAGCGAAUACAAUGUUUCUGAUUAUGCAUUUGAGAAGAAGGUUAAUGUAGAAUGAUCUGUCAUUUCCUCGUGUUCAGCAACAUGUCUCUGUCAGUAUCACAAAGUGACGAGAAAGGAAAAUAAUGUACAUGUGACUAAUGUAGCAACCGAAGCGAGAAUUAGAAGUGGGAACGGCAAUAUAUAUAUUUAUCAUUGGGGUUGUAUUUCAGGACAAUAAGUGGGUGUUACAGGAGGCGUUUUUCAUGUGCCUUUAGCUUGAGGUUUAAAGAGGAAGGAGGACAAGAAACCAGGGUAAAACAAAGAAACCAAGAACACAACUUUGAAAUAAAGGACCAGUCCGUUUAUACCAGUACGCACAAACCGUAUCCACACUCUGAAAUAAUACACUCAAUAACUAAAGAGUUCUUUAAUCAAAUUCAGCAUUAAAGCCACUUUUAAACAAAUAUGAAUGUCUUCGAGCGAAGUCUUGCAUUUUGUCCUUUUCUGAGAGUUUAGGGUUGGGAUGAAGUAGUUUGAGCACAGAGAGCGAGUGUGGUGAUAGAAAACGACUUUUACCUGUAAUAUCAAAUAAUGUAAAAACAGUCUAUCUUAUAUAUAAAGAAGCAAUUAAUCCCAAUAUUAUUCCUAGAUAAAUAUUUAUUACAGAACGAGCAUGAAUGAUUAUAUGCUGGACGCUGAUUUAAAGUGUCUUUGCAAUAGUUGUGUGUGUGUGAUAUAUGACACACACACACACACACACACACACACACACACACACACACCACACACACACACACACACACACACACACACACACACACACACACACACACACACACACAACACACACACACACACACACACACACACACACACACACACACACACACAGCCGCAUUAGAGAGUCGCUCACAUUGAUUUGAAAUGAGGCCACGUUUUAUUUCUUUAUUUAUAUCAAGAUUUAACAAAAUAAUUUACUUUUUUUUAAAAUAAUUUUGUUUUGAUUUGUAUUCUUUUACUAAUAUUUAUUAUAUUUGAUUUCUAAGAAAUACAUUUCUGCCGAUAUGGCUCAUCACAGACUUGUUUUUGUUUGUGUUAAGGACUGAUAUGAGGCCAAUGUGUGCGAUGGAGGAAAGGAGGCUUGGAUUUACAGAAAGCACUUUGUUCGAGCUAUUGAUCGAUCCAGAUGUUGCCAACUAAAAGCAGAAAGGAUCCUCUGCUUGUAUAGUUUAACUAAACUUAAUUAUUUCUCUCAAUCUAUUUCAAAAGCAGCUAGAGCGUGUUGUCAGAGUUUGUGCCAUUUCCUUUCCCUGUGUAACGCUCACACUUCUUUAUACCUCAUCUUCCCAAGCCUCCGUGCUCUCUGCUCUGCCUGGCCUCCCCUAACAUUAUACUGUCCAUUAUGCACUUUCUGAGCCUCGAUAUGCAUCUCAUGCUUGUGAUGAAUCAGAGGCAGACUUCUUAUUUUAUCCCACUGGGGAGAGUUUGAUGCAGGUUGUAUAUUAAACAGCUGGACAAUGCACAAGUACACUGGAGGGCACACUUAGAGGAGAGGAAAGGUUUACAUUGACUGUUAGAAAGUCGUUGUCUGGAAAUCAGAUUUAGUGGAGGGUCGGAUAUGUAGUGUCUUUUAAAAAUGGUCUUUAAGUUGGCAGAUUCCAAAUACCCAGCCUUGAGGCUUUCAAGGCACCAGUAGAACGCUGUGAAUCGCUCGAUACUGAACUGUGUGACCACAUGCAGAAGCUGAAUGCACUAUAGAGGAGAUCUAUUUUUCUGAAUGUUGAGUUGGUACGACCAUGCGAAUGCUGCUGGAUCAAAACAAUAGAGAAAAUAAAUAAAAAUAAAAACAAAACACACCAGCCUUGACAGAAAAUACAUUGUGUGGAGCGGAGGAUGAGAGCAGAAACGGUUUGAUGUUUUGACGACGCUGUCAUUACGACUGUUCUGCGUCAUCCUGAUGGGACAGAAAGCGAGGGAGAUCCCGUAACUAACACAUUAACACUAACACAGAAAUAGUACUAAAUGCAACGUUAACUUUUUCCUGAAAAUGACUUGAAACACAUGCAGACUCAAAAAACAAAACAUGGAUGAAAUGAAACAAACGCCACAUGUACGUGUAUGUGCACAGAUUGUACAUAUCGCUCUGGAGAGAACAAACCUGAAAGAUAUAUAACACACUGUCCUGUUAACCGGUUUUAAUGACAAUACUCUCAAAACUACUUCAAGAUAAAACACUGACAAGAUACAGAACGAAAUACAAAUCUAUCAGUUCAAUCUCAUCGCCAUCGCUGCAUCGAAAUGAAGAUUUCAUUUGAUCUCAACAUGGUGUCGAUCAUCCAUUUAAUCUCUGCAUGUGAUUUAUUUAGUUAUAAUCCUGAAUGUAAUUGUUUAACAUGGAAAUAAUAAUAACAAAUACAAUGCUAUUUUAAAGAGGUAUAUUUGUAAAAAGAACAAAAAAAGCGUAUUGUCUUAACUGGUCCUGAAAUACAGUAAUAUAAUAAUAUAAUACUGGGCUGUGCUUUUAUUGUUUACCCUGUUAACAUGUUGUUAAGAAACGCUGUAUUGGUCUGUUUGAUUCUCUCAGUUCAUUUUGCAUUGUAUUAAUCUUAGUUACGUUUCUCUUCCUCAGCGCAAUAUUCAAUAUCUCUCUGUCUUUAAAUCUAACUUGUAAAAGUAGAACUACUUCAGAUUCAUUGUAAAAGGGAAACAGCCUGGUGAUCAUCUAUUAAAGUACAUUUAAAUCUCA